AUGCAAACCGUUGUUGUGUUUUUACUAACGAUUUUGGCUGCAGUGGUCCUUUCGGCACCAUCACCAAAAAAUCAACAAACACCACCAGCCGACGGACGAACCCCACCAGCUGACGGACGAACACCGCCAGCCAACGGUCAAACCCCACCAGCUGACGGACGAACACCGCCAGCCGACGGACGCACCCCACCACCCAACGGUCAAACACCGCCAGCCGACGGACGCACCCCACCAGCCAACGGUCAAACCCCACCAGCUGACGGACGAACACCGCCAGCUAACGGUCAAACCCCACCAGCUGAUGGACGAACCCCACCAGCUGACGGACGAACACCGCCAGCUAACGGUCAAACCCCACCAGCUGACGGACGAACCCCACCAGCCAACGGUCAAACAUCACCGCCACGAACGAAUCAAGUUGGCCAAGGAUCCGGACCUGGCGCUAAUCGUCUCAAGCGAUCCUUCUUCUGGAACUGA